AUGACGCCGCUGCAGAUUUUACGUUCUACAUCAGCGCGCAAACAAGCGAACCAGCCCAGCGCUGAGAAGAGGUUCUUCAAGAACUUCGAUGAUCUCAAAGAUUUUGACCCGCAAUUAAAGCACAAGAUACCUAUAGGCUUAUAUGAGUUCGGUAUGCUGGAUCAAUUUUUGCCAGAGAAGCCGCUGGGCAAGUGGCAGCUCGCGGUGAACAAGGGGACUACGCGCAUUUACAAGCAGAUUGUGGACGUGAAGGGGAGCGACUUGGUGAUGGUGAAGGGUUACGCGUUGUUCGAGAACAUCACGAUUGAGAACAUAGUGUACAACCUGAAGGACUUGCCUCGUCGUACGGCUUGGGACAAGACGUUUGACGGAUUUAGUCUGAUCGAGGGCGAUAUCCAGGGGAACGAGAUUACUUACAAUGCGAUUCGCGCUCCGUGGCCUGUCGCGGAUCGCGAGUUUCUCCAGUGGCGACGAACGGUGUACAAUGACAUUAAGCUGCCUGCGGACGGCAGCCGGUCCCCUCCUGCGUUGGGAGCUGCUCCGCUGCCGUUGGUCGACGCUUUGGAGUGCCGGAUUUUGCAUCGGUCCGCAGAGCAUCCCGCUUUCCCGGAGUCCACGAAGUCUGCAGUCAUUCGAGCUGAAUCGGUGAUUUCGGCUUAUGUCUUUACUCAGAUAAAAAAUAAAAAAGAUACCUACAUGAUCAUGCUGACGCAGUGCGAUAUAAGGGGUGUCGUGCCCAAAUGGAUGGUCAACUCGCAAGCUGCGAAGGCACCCAUACAGUGGGUCGACAACUUCAGGAAAGCUUGCAACCAAACCAGGGAUCAAUUCGGGGACAAAAUUCCCAAGUACGUUCCCAAGCCCGUCUACACAAACGGUAUCAAGAACAAGGUAUGA